GUCUCUCUGUCGUGCCGUCUUACGCUUAUCCAUAUAUAUUAGUCCCUGUCUCUUUCUGUGUGUGUGUUUGUGUGUGUUACAAGUACCGGACAGUGUGAAUCCUUGGACAUACUUUGAAUUUUUCAUACAUCAAAAAUGAGCACGAAUCCCUCCUCCUCUCGCCCAUCGCGGACCACCCAACCCCCUGGGUGGUUCUCGCAAAUGGUGGUGCAGGCCUCAACAUCUUCCGAUGAAAUCGAGGAGAGAAGGAGGCCAUCGCAGCUGAGUCUUCAGACUCAGCUAGAAAACUUAAAAAAAAUAAUGAAAGAACACACAGACGAUUUGGGAGAGACACAAACGGGACAAAAUAACAAUGGGACAGAAAAUAACAACGGGACAGAAAAUGACAACAACGGGACAGAAAAUAACAACGGGACAGACGAUACAAAUAACAAUAACGACGGGACAGAAUACAAUAAUGACGGAACAGACGCUGACAAUUUGGGCGGAACAGGACAUGACAACAACGGGACAGAAGACCGAAAUGACUCUGAAAACGAGACAGAACGAGACCGUGACGUUGACAAUGAAAGGGGACACAGGCAACCAGCGGCGGAAUCCGUCGACAAAUAAAUAAAAAAGUUGUCGAAGGAAGUCAGGGAAACGAAGAAGCUGAUUGAAGCCAAAUUUCGGCACUGGGACGAAAGCUUUUUAGCAUUAAGGCAUUUUUGCGAAGAAAGCUUUGGCCAGGUGAUGGCAAGUUUGGCUUCCAUCCGCGACUUCGUCGAGGAGCAGGAGGCUUCCGACUAUCCUGAAAAGCCUGCCUGUCUCCCCCUCAAAAAAAUACGAGACUUGGAGAUGUUUGAAAAUUUGACUGCGAAGGAGCAUCGCGAUGUCGUCACCUACCUUAGUCACCUAGGGGGUUCGGAUGCCAAUGUCUGUGCGAGCCUCAUGCUUAAGGAGGCGAUGCACGAGAGAUUGGCUCCGAAGGUGAACUACCAUGGUAGGCACCAGGGGACGUUUGCUUUAGAGCAAACCAAAUUUGUCAAGGUCCUUUACAAGGCAAUGGGUAAGACACUUCGACGUCCAUCGAUUCCGUUAACGGAAUUUUCAGCGGCGGUUACAUCUGCACUCCGUGCGGCAAAACAGCGCCGCCGGAAUAAGAAGAAUCGCCGCCAAAAUCCCGUCUUACCAGCCAUGGACCUUGACAACCCUGGUUAAAAUGGCGACUCGCGAUGUAUUAAAGUGCGUCCAAAAUAUAUAUGUGUGUGUAUAUAUAUAUAUGCAAUAGGUGAACGCACGACCUUCGCUUUAUAAUAUAUAGUUUGCGUUAAAUUUAUUAUUUAUAUGGACCCACCUCGAUACAGAGAGUAUGACACAAAAAGACUGUACAUAUGAUUAUGUAUGUGUAUAUAUGUCUAUAUGUAUUUAUAUUUAUUUAUUUCUCCUCUCUCGCGCUCUGUAAUUGUGUCUUUGUUACUCUCUCUGUCUCUCUCUCUCUCUCUGGGCAGUGACACAUAUUGUAUUUUUAUAUUUGGCAGUGAUACAUGUUAAUUAAGUUAGUCUAUUAUAAACGAUAUAUAAAUCUUAUCAAGAGACGCGGUAGCGGCUCGACGCCAAGUAUUAUAACAAAUACGAGAGCUACUUAUAACAAAUACGAUUAGGUUGGUUAAUGUUGCUUAAAAAGUACUUCAAACAUAGAAUCUUAGUUCUAAAUUUUUUACUGGAUUCGAUUAGAAUUUUAAUAAUUGGUGAUUUGUAAAUUCUGGAUAAACAUAGAUAUAUUGAAAAUGUGUAAUUCCCAAUAACGUGUAGAAUUCCAUACGCUUAUUCGAAAAUGAUAAGUACGUAAGAAAAAACCAACACAAGACCUAAAAAAACUGAAAAUUUCGAGCGAAAACAUUGAAAACAACGCUGAUGCAAUAUUCUAU